AUGACUAGAAUGCAUGCCUCGGCCUCGCCCAACGACAAUCAUCGUCAUGCCACGACGCGUCCUGCAGUUGGAGCCACGGAUUUGGCCGGUCUCGGAAGUCACCUCCAAUCAUCGCCACCAGAGAUACGUGUAGAUGAGCAGGGGUUAGAUCAUACCCAGUCGCUUGAAAGUAAUGGGCUGGCGCUCGAUUUCAACGCACGACUAGGGCUUCAUGGGCCUACUGACGACAGCGAGAACUCACCCAGUCAACUCUCCCCAGUCGAGCGUUCAAGGGAGCACCGAGCGUCAACACGAGGCCGAUCUGACUCAUUCUUCCUCGGCUCGUAUAGUGAUACUGGAAGCGGUGCUUGUAUCGAGAGUUCCUCUUGUGGAGUCGAGACCGAGUCUGAAGGUGAUGAAGCAGCCACACCGUUGAUAAGGCGCUGUUCAUUUGUGUCAACAAAUCCCAUUUUCGAGGACGAAGAACAUAACAACGCUUCGGAUUCAGACAGUAUGCCAAUGGACUCAGACAUCUCCUCAGAGGAUAGCGAUCUAGACUACAGUAGACUGUACACGAGCUCGCUAAGACCUGUGGCACAACCGUCCGAUUUCUCAAUGGCGACCAGCGUAGUUUCAGAUGGAGGCGAACAGGAUCACUUGGAAAUGCGACAGUCUUCGGACGUGAAGCCAGAGUCUGAGCGAGCCGUAAGCUCAAGCGCGCGGGGAAAGAAAUCCCAACGGUACGCAUUGCAAAAGCAGAUAUACAGCGCAAUGGAGAUAGCACGUAACGACGAUGCAUCCUUACCCACACAACGAUUCUUCCCCAAGGAUCAACUCGGUCAUGUCAUCAACACAUCUACCGUGUUUGCCGAGCUCACAAACUGUCUCCAGCUGGAUUAUACCAACGACGACAUCCGGGCCUAUGCCAAUACUAUCUGCAAAGUUACACCUUGUCUCAUAGAGGGGAGACUGAAGCGAAAGUCGUUUCGAUCGAUCUUCGUCAUACUGGUGUUAGCCGAAAGACCGGAGUUCAUUGUCUCAUUUCUUGACGAACAGGUCAGCGACCUUGACCUGCCUCUCAUACCCGUGAAAGACAAUGGGAGCAUUAUUGGCAUGAGACGACGCAGUCCCAACCAUGAAGUACCACCACAACCACUGCUUCGGUGUUUCAACGACGAAGAGUGGUCGCCGUCGUCAAGAGAGCAGUUUGACAGAUACCAGUGGUAUAUGCUAGCACCAUUUUUCUCACAUGGUAAAUACGGUCUGAUUAACCACUAUCCGCUUAACGAUCAACAUAUCUUACCAUUUGUGACAUCACAUCAAGCAGAGGACGAUAGCGCUGAGAGUCAAGGUGGGUAUGGAAGAGUCAUCAUGGUUCGAUUACACACAGCACAUCACAAACUCGGAUGCAAGACGGACCCGGAUCGCGGCUUUGCGGUCAAACAAUUGCACUCCAAUGACCGCCGAUCAUUCAGAAGAGAAAGGGAGAUACUGAAGAAGUUUAGUGGGGCUAACAGACAUCCUCACAUCGUAUCGCUUCUUGCAACUUACCGACACCGGAACAAAUACCAUUUUAUAUUUGAUCGCGCGCAAAGUGAUCUGAGCAAAUUCUGGGCCAAGGACGUGAAACACCCGGAAUUGGAACACGCCGAUAUGAUCUGGAUCGUCGAUCAAUGCCUUGGCAUUACAGAAGGUCUUUUCAGGAUACACAGGCACAGAACGCUCCGGAAGCGGCGUGUUCACAAAGUCGAAGAUCAAGCAGGAGGGAAAAGAGGCAAAGUACAGGUGACGUUUGUCGAAAGCGCAGAUCAAACCGCAUCAGACUUGUCAUUCGCCAUAGAUGACCAGACACAUAAACAUGAAUUUCAUGCGCCAGUCCGAUCGUUCUCGUCAGAGAAUGAAGUUGCGAAGGACCACGAGGUGAAAUACGGUCGACACGGUGACAUCAAUCCUCAGAAUAUCCUUUGGUUUGCAAAUGAUAAGGAGGGGCCAAGGGCAUCAUCGAAAAAUUUGAGAGGAGAUCUAAAAAUUGCCGAUUUCGGAGCAGCUGAGAUGAAUUCCCGCUGGAGCAAGACGGGCGAUCGAGAUGUCGCCAACACCAUGACAUAUCGCCCCCCAGAAUGCGACUCCGCAGACAGAACGAUACGGCAAUCUUUUGAUAUCUGGUGCCUCGGUUGCGUGUUUCUUGAAUUCGUGACAUGGACGAUCGGUGGUGCUGGACUUGUCCAGAGCUUUGCGAAGAAGCGGAUGUCGCGCGACCCAGCAUACAGCAAUUAUGAAACUGACACUUACUUUGAGCUCAUAUGCAACCCUUUGACCGGAAAGACGGAAGCCAAGAUCAAAGACUCGGUAUUUCAGUGGAUUCAAGAAAGAGACGCUCUUGCAAAGAUAUAUGCAGAGAGUUGA